AUAGCCCGAAUCUAAUAACUUUUUAUCAAACCUCUUCGUAGCAUGCUAUGAUUUAUUAAAAAUUAUGGGGGACCUGCUCACAUGUUUUUCCACCGUAUAGCAAGAUAUUAUUUUAUUGUUUGGACAAAAAAAUGAGAAAUUUGUUGAUCUUGAGGCCAUUAUUUCAUUGGAUAACCCUAUGCAUCUGAAAUUCCUACGACGGCCUUUGUCCGAAAACAAGAAAAGAAAACGCCAAUAACUGUCACGAUACUUGCGGUUGAUGGAAAGUUGAUCUUUAUAUGUCUUUAUCGUGGGAAGUGACAUAAGAGAUGGUUUGCAUGGCGUGAAGAUAUUACAUAUCUUGAUGUGCUGAAACGAAUGGAAGAAUCGUUCUUUGGAUUUAUUCCAUAUAGUUGGCGUGGCAUGCGUACAAGCCAGAAUUUGAAGGAACCUCAUCAUCAAUUUGCAUUUUUCAUUUAUUAUAUUAUUCUUAUAUAUAAGCUCCGUUUUUACCUAUUUUGUUUGUUUUUCUAGUUCUUGUCCUUGAUUAAUAAAGAAAAUAGAUAUUGUCUCUAGACUCUUUCUAAUAGACCAAGCUAAAUCAGAUAUGUCCAAAGUAGUCAUGAUAUCCCCGUCGGUCCGCACUCGAAAUUGUAUAAACUCUUUCUGCGCUAUGAAUAGCUUAGUUUAUAUCAAUCGUUGUUCAGAAGAAGAAUGAUAAUGUACGAUCUUCUUCUUCUUCUUUUCUUUUUUCUUUUUAAUUUUUAUCUUCGGGACUAUGUAAUGACAAAUAAAGGCGAGAAAUCCAAUGUGGCUUCUAAGGAAAGGUACCCAAAUAUAUCCACGUCAAGCAAUUAAUCAAACCAACGACAGUGGAGACGAACAAAUUACAUCGUUGUCCGACUGACGAUGUCACAAAGGGCACGGCAUUCCUCCUCUAACAUUUCACAUCCUCGCCGGAUCAAACUAAGCAAAAUCCUAGAAAAAACCAUGGGGAUCUGCAGCUCCAGCGAGUCGACGUCCGUGGCCACCGUGAAGCUCGUCCUCCACGAUGGCCGGCUUCAGGAGUUCUCGUACCCGGUGAAGGCGUCGCACGUGCUUCAGAAGAACCCCACGUGCUUCAUAUGCGACUCGGACGACAUGGACUUCGAUGACGUCGUCGUGGCCGUCGAUUCCGAGGAGGAUCUCCUACCAGGGCAGCUCUACUUCGCGCUGCCGAUGAGCUGGCUGGAUAGCCCGCUCCGGCCAGCCGAGAUGGCGGAUUUGGCCGUGAAAGCGAACUGGGCUCUGAAGACGAGGAAAGAUCAAGAGGAGCGGGCGUAUGGUGCACGUGGAUGCGGGUGUGAUAGGACAAGAGUAGUCGAGCCGGUGGUGCUGGCAAGCCCAAAACAUGCGAGAACGAGACGCCGCAAUAGAAUUUCUGGCGUUGGCCGCGCCGGCGACGGAAGAUUGUUGCUGGAGAAAAGAGGGAGAAGCGGGAGUCGGGGCGGGAGUCGCGGCGGAAGUCGUGGACGCGGUUUCAAGGCAAAGCUAAAUAUCAUUCUGGAGGAAGACUAGUAGUUUCGAUUAGCACUUCUCAUUUUUGGGUCAAAGUCCUGAUUGCAGUAUAGCUGUAACUUUUUGGUACAUAUGGCAACACCUGAGCCAUAUCUUUUUUAGGCCAUGAAAUGCAAUACCUAAGGAAUGCAACUUAACAUGCACGCUA